GGUUCAACGAACUAUACAGACUAAUAUCCGGUCCGGUCUUGGAGCAAAUAUUUUUUGGUAUUGCGCACUGGAUGCACGCUCGACUUUUGCCUGCGAGAGCGCGAUCUCUCUGCUCUAGCGCCGUCGGCAUAACGGUGCCCUCACCCGGCCUCCGCCGCGCCAGCCCCGCCCUCGCCCCCCGCCUCAGUGCCAGCCCCACUCGCCGCACCCUCUGUGUCCGCGUCAUGGCAACUGCCGGCGGUGGCCAGCGGUUAGUGCUGUGGUUCCGCAACGACCUGCGGUUGCACGACAACUACAUCGUACAUGAGGCGGCCCAGCGCGUGAAGCGAGGAGAGGCUAGCGAGGUCCUGCCCGUGUAUGUGUAUGACCCGCGCUUCUUCGCCGCCACCCCUUGGGGCGCCCUCAAGACCGGCGCGCACCGCGCCAAGUUCAUCCAGGAGUGUGUUGCGGACCUGCGGCAGCGGCUGCAGGGCCUGGGCUCCGACCUGGUGGUGGCGGUGGGGCAGCCCGAGCAGCUGCUGCCGGCCCUGCUGGAGGGCGGCGGCGCUGCGCCGCUGGUGCUGACGGCCGAGGAGGUCACGAGCGAGGAGGCGGCGGUGGACGUGGCGGUGGCGCGCGCCAUCAAGCCCGCGGGCGGCAAGCUGCUGCGCUACUGGGGCCACACCAUGUACCACUACGACGACCUGGUGCAGGGGCCGCCCGCGGCAGGCGGCAAGGGCAUCUUCGCGCCGGGCAUGAAGGAUCUGCCCGACGUGUUCACGCCCUUCAAGGAGAAGGUGGAGAAGCGCGCCGCCGUGCGCCGCGACCUGCCGCCGCCGGCCAAGGGCGAGCUGCCGCUGCCGCCCGCGCCGCGCCUGGGCGCCACCGCCGCCGCUGCCCUGGCGGCGCCGCUGCCGGGCUGGGAGCAGCUGCCGUGGCCCGCGGGCGCGAGGCCGGCGCCGCCUGUGACGCACCCCAAGGCUGUCCUGGACUUCAAGGGCGGCGAGACCGCGGCGCUGGCCCGGCUCAAGUACUACCUGUGGGACAGCGACCUGCUCUCCACCUACUUCGACACGCGCAACGGCAUGCUGGGCGGAGACUACUCCACCAAGUUCGCGCCAUGGCUGGCACAGGGAUGCAUCAGCCCGCGCAAGAUCUUCCACGAGAUCCGCAAGUACGAGUCUCAGCGCUUCUCCAACAAAUCGACCUACUGGGUCAUCUUUGAGCUCAUCUGGCGCGACUUCUUCAGGUUCUUCGCGCUCAAGCACGGUAACCGCAUCUUCUUCGAGACCGGCACCUCGGGCCUGCCGCUGGUGUGGAACCCCGACCCCGAGCUGUGGGCGCGCUGGCGCGAGGGGCGCACCGGGCUGCCGCUUGUGGACGCCAACAUGCGCGAGCUGGCUGCCACUGGCUUCAUGUCCAACCGCGGGCGCCAGAACGUGGCCUCCUACCUGGUGCUCGACCUGGGCGUGGACUGGCGGCGCGGCGCCGACUACUUUGAGGAGGUGCUGCUGGACUACGACGUCACCAGCAACUGGGGCAACUGGGUGGCGGCGGCGGGGCUGACGGGCGGCCGGGUCAACCACUUUAACAUCGCCAAGCAGUCCAAGGACUACGACCCCACUGGUGAGUACGUGAAGACCUGGUGCCCCGAGCUCAAGAACGUGCCGGUGACCAAGGUGCACGAGCCCUGGCUCAUGAGCAAGGAGGAGCAGGAGCGCUCCGGCUGCCGCAUCGGUGUCGACUACCCCAACCCCAUCCCCUCCUCCCGCCACGGCCGCCCCCACGCCGGCGCAGGCAGCGGCGGCGACCGUUUCGGUAACCGGCCAUCCAGUGGGCGUGGCGGCGGCCGUGGUGGCGGCGGCGGCGGCCGCGGCGGCCGCGGUGGUGGCGGUGGCCGGCCACGUUCGGAGUUUGACCGGUACAAGUGAGGGGCUGGCAGGGGGUCCCGCCUUCGCUUCGAGGAAUGCAAUGCCUUGUUAUGCCAGCGGGACGUCGAGCUAUGCGGGGGCGUUGAGUACUAGGGCAUGAAGUACAGAACUUGUAUGCAUGACGCCAUGGACUGAGCAGAAGCUGGUACAGUCACAAAGGAGGUACAAGCGCGAAAGCGGGUCACUCCCUGUUGCUUGACGGACAUCGAAUGAGUGGCUUGGUGGAUAGGCACUUUUAAGAGCUUUUGGGCUGGGGGCUGCCAGGCUGUGUUGGUGUUGGCUCGGACGCAGCAAGUGGGCCUUGUGCUUAAGAGGAGCGCUCUCAUGAAGCAGCAGUGCAACCGAACACAAUGUGAUAAUUCGUGAUUGUGGCAAAACAAUUGCAUUCGGACCCUACCGCUGCCAUUAGCGCGUAGGUGCAGAGAAUUACGGGAGCUCGUUCGUCUCGUUCGUGCGUGUGUGCGUGUGUGCUUGUGCGCGUGAGGGUGAGAGUCAGAGCGGUCACGAACUGAAGAUGUUGAGGCAUCGUCACACGUAUUGCUUGGGCAAGGAGGCUUGGAGAGAGGGUUAUGGUGUUCACGGAGUCAAGUUGCGUGAGCCAUGAAGGUACUGGAGAAGUGAGACGGUUUAGCGUGAGGCACCAUGAGUGGGUUUUUGCGUGGAAAGCGUGCCGGUUGAGGGCUGCGCGGGGAGUGGAUCAACGUAGCAGCAGGUUGUGUAAGCUGGCAAGGCC